AUGAGUCACAACUCCUUGAAUGGAACUAUUCCUCCUCAAAUUGGUUCCUUAUCCAAUCUCAACACUCUUGACUUGUCCAUUAAUAACCUCUUUGGUAGCAUUCCCAAUACCAUUGGUAAUCUCUCCAAACUCUUGUUUCUUAAUCUUUCUGACAAUGAUCUCUCUGGUACCAUUCCUUUCACCAUUGGAAAUUUGUCAAAGCUUAGUGUAUUAUCUAUAUCCUUUAAUGAACUCACUGGAUCAAUUCCUUCCACUAUUGGAAAUUUAUCAAAAGUCAGGACAUUAAGAAUUAUUGGAAAUGAACUUGGUGGCAAGAUUCCAAUAGAACUGAGCAUGCUUACUGCUCUGGAAAGUUUGCAGCUAGCUGGCAAUAAUUUUAUAGGCCAUUUACCUCAAAACAUUUGCAUUGGUGGAACGUUGAAAAUUUUUGCCGCUGAAAAUAACAACUUCAUAGGCCCAAUUCCGGUGAGUUUGAAGAAUUGCUCCAGCCUUAUAAGAGUCAGGCUUCAGCGAAACCAGCUAACUGGGGAUAUAACAGAUGCUUUUGGUGUACUUCCAAAUUUGGACUACAUCGAAUUGAGUGACAAUAACUUUUAUGGUCAACUUUCACCUAACUGGGGAAAGUUUCGUAGCCUCACAAGCCUCAUGAUCUCCAACAAUAAUUUAUCAGGUGUGAUACCACCAGAACUAGCUGGGGCAACCAAAUUACAACGACUUCACCUGUCCUCAAACCAUCUUACAGGAAACAUUCCACAUGAUUUAUGUAACUUGCCCUUGUUUGAUCUCUCACUCGACAACAAUAAUCUUACAGGAAAUGUUCCCAAAGAAAUAGCAUCAAUGCAGAAACUUCAAAUUUUGAAGCUUGGAUCAAAUAAGUUGUCUGGCUUAAUCCCAAAACAACUAGGAAAUUUGCUCAAUUUAUUGAACAUGAGUCUGAGCCAAAAUAAUUUUCAGGGAAAUAUUCCUUCAGAGCUUGGCAAACUGAAAUUUCUUACGAGUCUUGAUCUUGGUGGAAAUUCAUUGAGAGGAGCAAUACCUUCAAUGUUUGGAGAAUUAAAAAGCUUAGAAACACUGAAUCUCUCUCACAAUAAUCUUUCAGGUAAUCUCUCUAGCUUCGAUGAUAUGACGAGCUUGACAUCUAUUGAUAUAUCAUACAACCAGUUUGAGGGUCCACUUCCAAACAUUCUAGCCUUCCACAAUGCUAAAAUUGAAGCAUUGAGAAAUAAUAAAGGCGUGUGUGGCAAUGUCACUGGCUUGGACCCUUGCUCAACAUCAAGUGGGAAAUCUCAUAAUCAUAUGAGGAAGAAAAUAAUAAUAGUAAUUUUACCCCUUACUUUGGGUAUUCUAAUACUGGCAUUAUUUGCUUUCGGAGUCUCGUAUCAUUUAUGCCAAACCUCAACGAAAAAAGAAGACCAGGCUACAAAUAUACAAACUCCAGACAUAUUUGCAAUAUGGAAUUUUGAUGGCAAAAUGGUGUUCGAGAAUAUUAUUGAAGCCACAGAAGAUUUUGACGACAAACAUCUCAUUGGUGUUGGAGGGCAAGGAUGUGUUUACAAAGCAGUGCUCCCUGCAGGUCAAGUUGUUGCUGUGAAGAAACUCCAUUCAGUUCCAAAUGGAGAGAUGCUCAAUCUGAAAGCUUUCACAUGUGAGAUCCAAGCUUUGACAGAAAUUCGACAUCGUAACAUUGUAAAGUUAUAUGGGUUUUGUUCACAUUCACAAUUCUCAUUUUUGGUGUGUGAAUUCCUGGAGAACGGCAGUGUUGAGAAGACUCUGAAGGAUGAUGGACAAGCAAUGGCAUUUGAUUGGUAUAAGAGGGUGAAUGUUGUUAAAGAUGUAGCAAAUGCUUUGUGCUAUAUGCACCAUGAAUGCUCACCUCGAAUUGUUCAUCGUGAUAUAUCAAGCAAGAAUGUUCUUUUGGAUUCCGAAUAUGUAGCUCAUGUCUCAGACUUUGGAACAGCCAAGUUUCUUAAUCCAGAUUCAUCCAAUUGGACCUCAUUCGUAGGAACCUUUGGAUAUGCUGCUCCAGAACUUGCAUACACAAUGGAGGUGAAUGAGAAAUGUGACGUGUAUAGUUUUGGGGUCCUAGCAUGGGAAAUACUUUUUGGGAAGCACCGUGGUGAUGUUAUUAUAUCUUCUUUAUUGCGAUCAUCUCCAUCUACUCUUGUGUCCUCAACACUCGAUCACAUGGCAUUGAUGGAUAAGUUGGACCCACGUCUCCCUCAUCCAACAAAGCCAAUUGGUAAGGAAGUGGCAUCAAUUGUAAAGAUAGCAAUGGCCUGCUUGACUGAAAGUCCACGAUCUCGCCCUACCAUGGAGCAGGUUGCCAAUGAGCUGGUAAUGGGAAGCUCAUCUUCAAUGGAUUAGCUCUACAUUCUCACUUAUAUAUAGCUGAAAGAUUGAACUUAAUAAACAUGCUUGAGUUUUAAUUGUUCUUUUCUAUUUUUGUAUUGUAUCUUUAUUUUAUAUAUA